CUAACUUAGACCCAAAUUUCUCAUUGAUCAUAGAGUGGUGAGGGUGGGUGUUUCGUCUUUGUAUCCAUCCAGCGGAAGAACUGAAUUCAACUCUGGUCUUCGAAUUUCACUUUCAGUAGUCCACUGAAAGGUUUGGAGAUUGGAAGCCAUGGAGAGCAGUGCUCGGAGGCGGAUCAAUUUGAUUCAUCGUCACCUUCUUUCGCCGCCAUGUGAGUUCAACAACGCUCUUAAUCCGGCGCCAACGAAUAGUGGAAACCAAUUGGAAAUUGGUGUGGCUGAGCCUGUGAUUGUUGGAGGUAUGGUGCUGGAUAUUCACGCCAUACCAUCCAUUUCCGCCGUUCCGAGGUCAACUACGCCCGGAAAGAUCAACUAUAUAUUAGGAGGCGUAGCGCGGAAUGUUGCUGAAUGCAUGUCAAAGCUUGGGAGCACCCCUUUUAUGAUUAGUGUGGUGGGACAUGACAUGGCAGGGAAUCUCUUGUUUGAGAAUUGGAGAUUGGCAGGGUUAUCAACAGAGGGCAUUCGGAAGCACCAAGACAUCAGCACUGCUGUUGUGUGUGCCGUAGUUGAUGUCCAUGGAGAAUUGGCAGCUGCUGUGGCAAGUGUGGAAGCUAUUGAAAAAUUUCUCACACCUGAUUGGAUUGAGAAAUUCAAGUGCAAUAUUCGUGCUGCACCAGUGGUUAUGGUUGAUGCAAAUCUAAGUCCACAUGCUCUGAAAGUCUCUUGCCAAAUUGCUGCCGAGUAUGAUACUCCAGUGUGGUUUGAGCCUGUGUCAGUUGCUAAAUCAAGAAGGGUUGCUUCAGUUGUCAAGUAUAUAAGUUUCACCUCCCCUAAUGAAGAUGAACUUAUUGCCAUGGCCAAUGCCCUAUCUGGUCAAGAUUUGUUUUCUCCUAUCAAACGAGAUAAUACCAUUACUACUUGUUCAAUUGAAUCUUUUUUCGAACAACUGAAAUCUGCUGUAUGGGUUUUGCUUGAGAAAGGUGUCAAGGUCGUCAUUCUGACCGUUGGUUCUCGUGGGGUAUUCGUCUGUUCUAAAGGCUGCCCAAGCUUCGUGAAAAAAAUUUCAAAAGAAAUCAACAAUUAUGGAUCCAGCAGCCAACUAUUUAGAACCUUAGCUACGAGUUGUCCACCAAACAUGUUCUCUGUUUCUCCUGAAACAGAGAAAAACUCUGUUCUUUUUGCAAUGCACUUCCCUGCCCUUCCUGCAUCAGUAGUGAGGCUUACAGGCUGCGGAGAUUGCUUGGUUGGGGGUAUGCUUGCUUCCAUUUGCGCUGGCUUAAAUAUCUACCAAAGUACAGCCAUUGGAAUUGCAGCUGCCAAAGCUGCUGUCGAGACCGAAAACAACGUUCCCCAUGAAUUUCAUUCAAACGAAAUUGCAGUCAACCUACUGCCCGCUCUUUCAGUUUGGCAGUAUUAUAUGCAAAUGAAGCAUCUGAAACAUGGGUUACUAUGCCAUGUCCAAGCCAUCAAAUCCGGGUUUACGCCCACCAUUUUCACGUCGAAUCAACUCAUAAGCUUGUAUGCGAAACAUGGUCUUCUUGGCGAUGCCCACAAAGUGUUCGACGAAAUGCCUGAACGGAAUGUCUUCUCAUGGAAUGCGAUAAUUGCAGCGUAUAUCAAGUCUCAGAACUUGAGAAAAGCGCGGGAAUUAUUUGACUCCGCUCAUUAUAGAGAUUUGGUUACUUACAACUCAAUGUUGUCUGGUUAUGUUAGCUCUGAUGGGUAUGAGGCUCAAGCACUUGGGCUUUUUGUGGAAAUGCAAACAGCCUCUGAUAUGAUUAGACUUGAUGAGUUUAGUCUUACAAUCAUGCUUAAUUUAACUGCUAAGUUAUGUGUGCUUUCUUAUGGAAAACAGUUACAUACCUUUAUGUUGAAGACUGCUAAUGAUUUAAGCGUUUUUGCUGCUAGUUCCUUAAUUGAUAUGUACUCUAAGUGUGGAUGUUUUAAAGAAGCUUGUAGAGUUUAUGAUGGAUGUGGUGAGGUUAUUGAUUUGGUCUCUAGAAAUGCCAUGGUAGCAGCUUGUUGUAGAGCAGGGGAGAUAGAUUUGGCUGUGGAUCUUUUCUCGAGGGAACGGGAUCGAAAUGAUGUUGUAGCAUGGAACACGAUGAUAUCAGGUUUUGUUCAGAACGGUUACGACGAAGAGUCAUUAAAGUUAUUCGUUAAUAUGGCAGAUGAAAAUGUUAGGUGGAAUGAACACACUUUUGCAAGUGUCUUGAGUGCUUGCUCCAAUCUAAAGAGCUUGAAGCUUGGAAAGGAAAUACAUGCUUAUGUUUUGAAGAAUGGGCUGAUUGUUAAUCCCUUCAUUGGCAGUGGCCUUGUUGAUGUAUACUGCAAGUGCAAUAACAUGAGGUAUGCCGAGUCGGUUCAUUCAGAAUUGACGACGCGAAAUGUAUACUCGAUCACUUCAAUGAUUGUUGGCUAUUCUUCUCAAGGUAACAUGGUAGAAGCCAGAAAGCUUUUUGAUUCCUUGGAUGAAAAGAAUUCUGUCGUGUGGACUGCUUUAUUUAUUGAAUAUGUCAAAUCACAGCAAUUUGAAGCAGUUUUUGAACUUUUAAGUGAAUAUAGGAAGGAGGCAGCUGUUCUUGAUGUGCUGAUUCUUGUCAGCAUAAUUGGUGCUUGUGCUAGACAAGCUGCUCUGGCUCCUGGGAAGCAGAUACACGGUUACAUGCUCCGAGCAGGCAUCGAAUUCAAAGUGAAACUAGCCAGUUCAUUGGUUGAUAUGUACUCAAAAUGUGGAAGUAUCAUUUAUGCAGAAAGAAUUUUCAGAGAAGUUCUUGACAAGGAUUCUAUUCUUUACAACAUUAUGAUAGCUGGCUAUGCUCACCAUGGGUGGGAAAAUGAAGCAGUUCAUCUUUUCAAGGAAAUGAUUGAAAACGAUUUCGAACCAGAUGCAAUCACUUUCAUUGCACUACUUUCUGCGUGUCGACACAGCGGUUUAGUCGAACUAGGUGAGCGUUUUUUCGACUCUAUGACUAAUGAUUACAAUAUCAGUCCCGAAAUCGAUCAUUAUGCUUGUAUGAUCGAUUUGUACGGAAGGGCUAAUGAACUAAAUAAGGCAUUGGCAUUCAUGAAAAGGAUUCCCAUAGAGUUGGAUGCUGUCAUAUGGGGAGCAUUUCUAAAUGCUUGUAGGAUCAAUGGGAAUACUGAACUUGCUAGAGAAGCAGAAGACGAACUGUUGAUGAUCGAAGGAGAAAACGGCGCUCGAUACGUGCAGUUAGCGAAUGUUUAUGCUGCAGAAGGGAAUUGGGAGGAGAUGGGACGAAUAAGGAAGAAGAUGAAAGGAAAGGAUGUUAAGAAGAAUGCUGGUUUUAGUUGGGUUUUUGUGGAAAAUAAGUUUCAUGUGUUCAUUUCUGGUGAUAGGUUUCACUUACAAAAUGAGGCUAUAUAUUCAACCUUAGCCUCCUUGACUGAUGAGUUGCUUGCAGUAGAGGAAGCAUUUUGUUAAUAUCAAACUUCAGCUAUUAGUGCUAUACAUCUGCCUUUUUUCUCGAGGUAUUUCUUUGAACAAAACUCUCUUUUUUCUA